AUGCCUUCCUCCAAGCCAAAGCCUUCCGAAGUUGCCGCUGAGACGAAGAGACACUACAUCCCAGCCAUAAGAUCCGAGUAUGCACAUCAGUGGCCAACGCACUCUUACCUUUUUCAAAAGCCCUUGGAGCAGAUCCCACUGAAUUCCUUGAGCCAAUUACCGCCUCCCCCAGAGUUCUACGUCUGCCCAGGAGACCCAGUCGACUUCACCAUCGAUUGGAAAGAGCGUGUGAGCACACGGAUACCAUUCAUCUGCGCCGCCAACGAUAAAAGACCUGGCGGAGAUUGGGAGACCGGCGUCGUAGGCUACGAGGAGAGGCUGUGUAGACGUAGCAAUCUCUCCGCCACGCUGAGUACUCCUGGACCAGGUUCGGAGGUCGAUUACAACUACCCCAUUCCGUCCGAAGGUGGAAUCUACUCAGAGUACGUUGUCGUUUUCCGCGGGCCACACGACCAGUACAAGAAGUUGGAUCAAUGGUACGAUCUUCCCGUCGUCUCGAUGCCCGCCGCCCGGUGGCCCAAACUGAGCCAGAUGGGUUCGAAAUACGCCUUCCCGCUGGAACGAGACCUGGUCAAGAACAAGAUCCGCGCAGCACUCAGGAUCUGCGUGUACUACGGCCACAGGUCCGUGGUGAUAGGAGACUUCGGCCUGGGAAACGGCCACCGCAACCCUCCGCAGGAGAUUGCUGAGCUCUGGCGGGAGGUUUUCCUAUACGAUCCUGAUAUACGGGGGCGUUUCGACUACGUCGCCUUCGUGUUCGAAGACCUCUACCAGAGAACGGCGAAGCUCAUCCUCGACGACAUCGCCAAGAAGAGCAAAGGCGGCCACUCCAGCAGCUCCAAGGGCAAGUCCAAGUCGCACGGCAGCUCGAGCUCGAGCUCGGCUGGUGGUCCUACCGUGCCCAGCGACUUCGAGAUAUUCCAGCAUGUCUUUGACGCCAGCGAGAUACAGGGUGUCAUGAGUAGGCCUGACCCCCGGUACGGCAUUUCUAUGCUCACGUCGUGA